GUGGUCAUAUAAACAAAGCUCCGGGUUGGCUCCAUUUGAACGCACUUCUGUACCAUCAAAAAUCGCGACUUGCACGUAUGAAGAGCCCACAAAGAGCAUCGCCAUCUAUAACAUUUCGAUGACGAAUUUAAUGACCUGAAAACAUUGAGAGAAGUAGAGGACAGACGGAGAGAGAGACAGAGAGUGAGCGAGAGAGAGCAAUCACUUUCACACGUUGCAUAGAUGAAAAUUGAAAGAGCCGACAACAAAGCAACGUCAGCAUCAGCGACGUUGACAGCGGCAGCGGCAGAGGCAGCGGCAGCAACAGCAACAGCAGCGUUGAAGUCUGUGGGCGCGCAUUGAUUACAUUUUCAUAAUCAACGUAGCGGAGGAGGCGCACAGAGGAAAGAGAAAAAGAAGAAGCAACUACACAAAAAGAAAUAGAAAGAGCAGGAGAGUGGAGUGCGGAGAGGGGGUCCCCAAUGAAAAUCGCAUAAUGGCAGCAGCACCUGAAUCGUGUGGAGCACGCGAUUCAAACGAAACUGAGGCUGAAACUGAAUCCGAGGAGGCGUUGCAACUGGAGGUGGGGGCAGAAGCAGAAACAGAGGCUGGUGAUGCCCGGGCGGAUGCUGUUACCGCUGCCGCUGUCGCUGAUGGUCCAGCAGACUCCGAACCCGCAUUGGAGCAAGCAGCAGCUAUGGCCAGCAGCGACCAACAAAAGCAAAACGAACAACAUCAGUUGCAAUCCCUGGAGCCCAUCUCAUUGGAUGACAUACCUGAGCCCAUCAAAGUCCUCGACGACAUCAUAUCGGAGUUCGAGGAAGCAGCCACGAAACCAGUGGCCUUGCACUGCAACAGUGGCGAGAAUCAGUCCGAGGAUGAUGGUUACAUGAGUCUCAGUCGCAAAAACAUGUCCAAAAAGGAUUCGGAAGAUGUGCCACAGACACCCAGCACAGACACCGUGCCCGAGGGAAGUUUCAAUGAAGUCGAUGGCACAGCUGAGAAUCUAGCCAAAUUAUCUGAGGCAGAGCAUGGCCAGGAAAUGCAAACGCCACUAAUACAGACAACGUUGCCUAAGGCUCGCAGUGCAAAUUCGACGCCGGCCACAAACUCCAACUACUCGAGUCUGCCCUGCUGUGGUGCCAGAACCUCUGCCGCCUCGAAUUUGGGUGGCGUGUCCGUGGUCGAUUCCUCAAGUGGAUUGGCCUCCAUUCGUCCGGGAAGCAGCUGCAAUGGGGAGCGAAAUGCACUGGGCAUCGACAUCAGUGCCGUGCACAAUGCCGUGCUGAGGGGCAACCUGGCCAAGCUGCCGGAGCCAAUCGUAAAUGAACAUCCGGUCACCAUUUACCCGGGUCCAUCGGCCAAGGCAGCAUCUGGCGAGGGGGCACGUAACAAGCGUCUGCUCAGUUCGGUGGAGAAGCACAAGGAGAUCUGUCACAUGCUCAAUCCACAUUCCAACAGUUCCACCUCCUCGUCCGGCUCACAGCAUACAUCAAGCGGCGAGGCCUCGCCCCUGGCUUCCCAUAUGAAUGUGGCCUCCUCAAAGCCGACCAAGGAGGACGACUAUUCGGAGGACUCGCUGGAAGAGUCCACCAUCUCCACGGAUCUGACGCCCGUCAAACAGAACGGUGUGGCCUGGGAGAUUCAUUUCAAGAGCAAUAAGAAGAAAUCUAGUGGUUCAAAGAGGACCAGCAGUGGUGCCACAUCUAAAAAGCAACAACAGCAGCAGCGAACAGAGAACUUGGACGACUUCAACAACAGCUUUGCGUACAACGAGCAUAGCAUGCUGGGCAAGGGGACCUUCAUUAUUCGCCGAGCCACGGCCAAGAAGCCACCCCGUGCAUCGGAGGUGUUUAGCAUACCGAAGCCACCGCGAACUUCGCUCGGGGGCGGUAGCGGUGGCGGUGGCGGUGGCGGAGCUGGAGCCAUUAGCAACGAGUUCUACACCAGCGACAGCGAGCAAAGCGAAUCUGCACCGUUGCCACCGCCCCCCACUUCUGCUGAGAUGAACUUCAUCUACAAGGAGUGCGAGGCGAAUGCGGCGCACACUCGUCGGGGACUGGAGAUGGCCGCAGCCCAUAGAGCGGCCCUGUCGCUGGACAUUGCCGAGGCCCAGGAGCAGCUGGUACACAUCAAGCCCGCAAAGAGCAAGACAGCGAUGCUGACAGAGAAGCGACUGAGUGCCGAGUCCAUGCCGGACAACACCUCGAGCAGUGAGGAGUUCGAUGAGGCGCGUCUUAAUGGGAAUCCCAGUUACGAGAUGUUUGCUUACAAUGGAAAUGACACACGGGUCUCGAAUGCCACCACACCUCACACAGAUCUGGCCCCCACUCUGGAGGAGGACGAAGAGCUGUCGGACUUUAGCUACGGCUGUGCCCCACUCAAACAGAUUGAGCACAAUAUUAGCGCGUUGCUCCGUGGCGACAUACCCAUUGGAGGCCAGCCACCUGCUGGAGGGGCAGCUGCUGCUGCUGCGGCCUCGGCUGCGGCUGCGGCUGCCGCAGAGCUCCAUGCCAAGCGAAUUCUCGAAUUUCGUCCCGGCGUGCACAAGUCGGAGAGCGCCAAAGAGAUGCUGUUGUCGCAGAUACCGGCAUUUGGGCCCCUGCCACCCUCGCCGCCCAGCUCUAAUCCGGAUCUCUUCGACUACGAUGCCCCACUGCCGCCGUCUCCGGUGGAGCCACGCAAGCAGCUGGAACUGCCAACGGCCUUGAAUGCCACGCCACCGAAUCGCGGCACCACUGUGGCCGAGGUGCACGCCACCGCCUCGGGCACGGCUGUGCACAGCAAUAGCCAUACGCGACGCAGUCGCGACAACGUUGCUGCUGUGCGUCACUUCAAUGACGAGCUGCCACCGCCGCCGGCGCCAGCCCAUCAGUCGACCAGCUUUAUUGAGGGUCUGCCCGGACCACCGAUGGUGCCACCGCAUCGUGCCGGCGGUGGGGGUGGCCACUCGUCCAACACCAUGAAGUCCUGGAGCAUUGACUCGCAGUAUCGCAAGCGAUCCCCCAAGCUCUUUGGUCACUAUAGCAGUGGCAGCGGCAUAACAACACCCACUGGUCUGGGCCAGAUGCCACCGCUGCCCCCACCCCCAGUCAUGGGUACCAUGAGCUCGUGCGGAGAUGGGGGGUCGGGUUCGUAUCAACGCAGGUACAUCAAUUACGGCACCAAGCGCAGCCUAAAGCAGUCGCCGCGCGAGGAGCAUCGCCUGCAAACCUCAUGUAGUCUUCCUGAAACACCAAUCUUUGCCAGAGGCUGUGACAUACCACGUACGCCAUAUCGUCGCCAAAAUGAGCCCCUUCCGGCGAGUGGCUGUCGCACCGCACCUAGAUCAAGCACAUCCAACAGCAUCAACAUGGGCACAUCCAUAUUGGGCAUUGGAGGUGGCAAUUACGGCACUGCCCAAAUUUGUCGCCAGCGUUCGAUCAAUCAUGCCUUGGCCUCCAAUGAGAUGCUGCGCAUGACUGGCGCACCAGCACGCGGCUGGUAUCCGAAGCAGCGUGGCAUGCGUCCGGCCUCAACGGAGAAUAUUGAUCGCUUGGCCUCUGUGCGUGUGUGGGACAAUCCGACGGGUAUGUCCGGUACAGGACAAUCUCGUAAACCACUGACUUUGCCACCGAAUCUGACGCCUUCCUUUUUGAACAAAUCACCGCGUGAGGCACUCAGGCGUGUGACCAGCUUGCUGAUAACCAAGAAAAAACACAACAAGGACCGAAAGCACAAGGCUUAUUGCGAACAACCCAUGGAUGACAGCAACAGCAAGCAUGCCUAUGAAUUUGAGGCGAUUGGUUCAAACAAGAAAAAAGACAACACCAAUAGUCGCAAGGAUAAUGGAGCUGUGGGUGUAACGGCACCGGCCACCAAUCCCAAGCCCAAGAAGAAAGGUCUCUUCAAAACGCUUUGGAAGCGUACGAAAACAGCCUCGCUGGAUCACUAGGGGAUGGAAGCCUUUUUAUAGAGAGUUCCCAACAAGCACUGCCCCUCUGCCACGCCAACCUUUAGGAUAUGACUUAUAUACAUGCAUACCCUAUCACCAUAUAGAAUCGAAGAAGAUGAUAAUAACCCUGCACUUUCACAUUUGUAUAUGGGGGAGUUGAUAGCCCCGAGUCGUAUCUACGUAUUCCACCACAACUUUAUUGUUCUUCGCGGCUCGGUCGCUCGAUCACACUCACUCUCGCCUACUCAUCCAAAUCAGAUCAAAAACAAAACAAAAAUCUUUCUCACGCUCUCACGUGUUCGCCUGUUCGUUCACCUUGAACAUUGAAUUGAAGCAAUUUAUAUACACAUCGCAUCGUUUAUAUCGGUCAUAAAGUAUUGAGUAAAAACUGAAUAAUUCAAAUGCACAAAAGCCGUGAAUCGUAAAGACUGAAAACAAGUGAAAAAAGAGUAAAACAAAAAUUUAAAAAC